GGAUGAAGGGGCAGAGUUUCUAUUCGACAUUCUCCAAAGAUUCCAUCUCUAAGGACCUGACCAAAGUUUGGAAGGAGCAGGUGGAACCCGUCUUUGCAUCUCAUGGCCUAACCUGCAGAAUGAGAGAGCGUGAUUGUAUAAUGAUCCUGGAAACAGGUGAUACUGAGGACGAAGUUCUCAUUGAAAGGGCUGUGCUUGCUCUAGGUGUUCUCACAAGUGGUCUGACUCCAGAAUGGGUUGAACCAAUAUUGCUCGGACAAAUCUAUUCUGAAAGUAUAGUGAUAGAGAAACCAGAUGAGAUAAGUGAGGAAGAAUUUUCAAGCAAUUUUGAUGAUUUCAUGAACAAAUUUGAUAACGAAUAUAAACUCCAUAACAAGUGGUACUGCUACGUUAUCUAUUUUGAAAAAGGUAUAACAGUUGUGGCUACUUCGUCUCAAGCAACAAGCGCAGUGAAGUCCCUUGUUCGAGACAGCUUUUUUGGCACUAUCCCCUUUCAAGAUAAAGCUGACAUGCUGACAAGAGAUAUAGAAACAUACAAUCAGAAGCAUGGAAUCUUAACAAAUAAUCUAGGGCUAUUCUGCUCUUUGCUUGAUGGAAUUAGUGACGAUGCCAUAUGCGAAAAUGAAGAGACUCACAGAAUGACAGACAUACAGAAUAGCAGACUGAAGGCGCUGAAAGUGUAAGAUCAGUUUUAAACUACAUUACUAUCAGGGAGGUUAUAGAAAUCCUCACUAUCUACAUGAGGAAGUUGAUAAAUGUUGGUACCCUGUUCUGGCUUUUGUGAUGGAAAACAUUUUUAGUUCAUCUUUCUGUAUUGUAUUUUUAUUUCAUUUCAGUCCGACAUUGUAUUUGUUGUCUACUUUAUGUUUCGUUGAAUCUUUAAAUAGGUAUAUUAGAUAUGCCAUAUAUUGUCUACAGAGUGAAUUUCAGGGGUCUCAGCUUCCAAAUUUUAUGAAUAAUAUGUAAAACCAUGUUAGUUUGUCUGUCACUUCCAAAUUUUUAGCACCAAGAGUU